GCUGCGCCGAGUCACGGCGGGUUCUGAUCUGCCUUUUUAAGUGGGCUGCGCUGUGCAGCUGUGGUGAACACUCAAUAAUGAGUGGGGUAGCGUUGGGCCUUGAGAUAGUAUUUGUCUUCUUUCUGGCCUUAUUCCUGCUUCAUCGGUAUGGAGACUUCAAGAAGCAGCAUAAGCUGGUGAUCAUAGCAACGUUAUUGGCUUGGUAUCUCUGCUUUCUUAUUGUAUUUAUACUGCCUCUGGAUGUCAGUACGACUAUUUAUAAUCGGUGCAAACUUGCUGUUAAUUCCAGCCCUGCAGAAAGUAAUGGCUCUUAUGUUUCUCUUGCUCCAAGCAAGCAAAAAUGCUUUAAACCCUGGAGUUACAUUCCUAAUGGAAUUAUGCCAGUUUUCUGGCGUGUUGUGUAUUGGACAUCACAGUUUUUAACAUGGAUUCUGCUACCUUUCAUGCAGUCAUAUGCUAGAUCAGGAGGGUUCUCCAUUACUGGAAAGAUUAAAACUGCAUUGAUUGAGAAUGCAAUCUAUUAUGGCACUUACUUACUGAUUUUUGGAGCAUUUUUAAUAUAUGUGGCUGUAAACCCAAACUUCAAUUUACAAUGGAGCCAACUUCAGACUAUUGGGAUAGCCGCUGCAAACACAUGGGGUCUCUUUCUUCUUGUGUUGCUUUUGGGUUACGGUUUGGUGGAAAUUCCCCGUUCUCACUGGAAUGGGGCCAAGAGAGGUUAUCUGCUCAUGAAGACCUAUUUCAAAGCUGCUAAACUGAUGACUGAAAAAGCAGAUGCAGAGGAGAAUUUAGAAGAUAUUAUGGAGGAAGUUCGUAAAGUAAGUGAGAGUAUCAAGUAUAACCACCCUUUGAGAAAAUGUGUUGAUACAAUACUGAAAAAGUGUCCUACUGAGUACCAGGAAAGAAUGGGUAGGAAUAUGGAUGAUUAUGAAGAUUUUGAUGAAAGACAGAACAGUUAUCCAACUGAAAAAAGUUUGGUCAAACUUCACAAGCAGGUAAUCUAUUCAGUACAGAGACAUCGUCGUACACAGGUCCAGUGGCAAAUUCUUUUAGAACAAGCGUUUUACCUAGAAGAUGUGGCAAAAAAUGAAACCAGUGCAACUCGACAGUUUGUUCAUACCUUUCAUUCCCAGGAACCAGAGAACAAAAUCAUUCAGUAUUUCUACACACCAACUGUUGAGUGGUACUGGGAAUGCCUUCUACGACCAUGGUUUUAUAGGGUGCUUGCUGUUGUUCUGGCCACAUUCUCUGUCGUUGUUGUGUGGUCAGAGUGCACCUUUUUCAGCACAAAACCAGUUUUAUCACUGUUUGCAGUUUUCAUACAGCUGGCAGAAAAGACAUAUAAUUAUAUAUACAUAGAGAUGGCCUGUUUUCUUACCAUCUUUUUCUUAAGUAUCUGUGUUUACUCUACUGUCUUCAGGAUCCGUGUAUUUAACUAUUACUACUUAUCUUCACAUCAUCAGACAGAUGCGUACAGUCUCCUUUUCAGUGGCAUGUUAUUUUGCCGUCUUACUCCACCAUUAUGCUUGAACUUUUUGGGCUUGACCCACAUGGAUGCAAUAAUCUCUCACAAAAAUACUCAGCCAACUGCUUAUACAUCUAUAAUGGGAUCCAUGAGAGUACUAUCCUUCAUUGCAGAUGGAUUUUAUAUAUAUUACCCAAUGCUUGUUGUCAUUCUCUGUAUUGCCACAUACUUCAGUUUAGGAACUCGUUGUUUGAAUCUUUUGGGAUUUCAGCAGUUCAUGGGGGAUAAUGAAAUGACCUCUGAUUUGAUUGAUGAAGGGAAAGAGCUAAUCAGAAGAGAGAAAAGAAAACGUCAAAGGCAGGAAGAAGGUGAAAACAGAAGAAGGGAGUGGAAAGAGCGAUAUGGAAAUAGAGAUGAUUCCGCUAGAAACAGAGUUGUCCACACAGACCAAAAAGAAUCCAGUUUCUCAGAGGCCAAUGCCAAUAGACCUCUGUCAAAGUAUACCCGAUCAAAUGGCAGGACUGAAAGAGAUAGAAUAGAACUUCUUCAGGAUGCAGAACCUUUGGAUUUUAAUGCAGAUUCAAUUAAUGAUGACCCUCUUGAAUCGGACUCUGGAAGGUACCAGCCUGGUGGAAGAUACCUGUCGAUGUCUCGGAGCAAAAUAUUUGAUGAUGUCUAAACUCCUCAAAGCUAAAGGAAAAUUCAGUGGAAAUCUAUUCCCGCUCAUUGCUUGGAAAAUACUGUAUUUAUGAUAUAUCACUGAACCAGAGAAGAUAAUAUUUCUUUAGAAUAUGAAUAUGAAGGAACAACUA